CGCAGACGGAGCUCCGCGGACGCGACAGUUCACGAGUCACAUUUAAGGGGAAAUUUAACCUCAUCUGGACUCUAACGAUGAUGCAACACCUCCAGCUGGCAGUGGACUGCGGGCUGUUGACCGUUCACUGAUGGGAUCUCGUCGACUUCUGUUGGCUCAACGUCCUUAACGCCUCCAUGGAGCUCAUCCAGGCCAGCCAGGUCUCCUUGCUGUCUCAGGAAGCCCUGACAGCAGCCUGGAGCAACAACUCCCUGCUCCUCUCCACUCCUACCGAACCGCCUCUCGACUACACCCGCAGUGAUGCCUCUCUCCUCCUAAACGGCACCUGCCAGAACUGCACCGCACCUGAACAUGGACCGCUCCCUGGCUUGACCGGCAUCUUCAUCCCUCUGAUCUACGGGAUAGUGUGUGUCGUCGGCCUCGUUGGCAACACUCUGGUCAUCCACGUUAUCGUCAACUACACCAAGAAUGAGUCGGUGACCAACAUCUACAUCCUCAACUUAGCCAUCGCAGACGAGCUCUUCAUGCUGGGCCUGCCCUUCUUGGCGGUGCAGAACGCUCUGCUCUCUUGGCCCUUCGGCUCCCUCAUGUGCCGCGUGGUCAUGACGGUGGACGCCAUCAACCAGUUCACCAGCAUCUUCUGCCUGACUGUGAUGUCAGUGGACCGCUACCUGGCCGUGGUGCACCCCAUCCGCUCCUUCUGGUGGCGCCGCCCCCGCGUAGCCAAGGCGAUCAGUGGCACGGUCUGGGCGGGGUCCUUUGUGGUGGUGCUGCCGGUGGUGGUGUUCGCCGACGUGCUGAAGGACGAUGGGAACUGCAGCAUCGUGUGGCCCGAGCCCGCGGAGGUGUGGAAGACGUCGUUCAUCGUGUACACCUGCACCGUGGGCUUCUUCUGCCCGCUGCUGGUCAUCUGCUUGUGCUACCUGCUGAUCGUCUUCAAGGUGCGAAGCGUUGGGAAACGAGCCCAGGCCACAUCCUCUCGCCGCAGGAAGUCGGAGCGUAAAAUCACCAGGAUGGUGGUGGUCGUGGUGGCGGUGUUUGUCCUCUGCUGGCUGCCGUUCUACGUCCUGAACAUCGUCAACCUGCUGGUGGUCCUACCCGGGGACUUCAGAGGGCUCUAUGUUUUUGUUGUUGUGCUGUCAUACGCCAACAGCUGUGCCAACCCAAUACUGUACGGUUUUCUGUCCGACAACUUCAAGAGAGGCUUCAGGAAAGCCCUGUGCGGCGCCUCGCGCAGGGUGAAGAACAACGACAGGGCCGGCACCGAGGUGCAGCGACCCACAGAGGAGUGGGGCGGCAUUGUCCUCCAAGUACAGAGAAGCGAGGGAGUCAUCAAUGUGCAGAAGGAGGAUUGUGGAGAAAAAGAAGAAGAGGAGGACGUCAAUGGACCAAAAGGAGCUGUACCGAUGCGUGAAAUAUGCAAAACGUCACAAAAUGGAAACCACAGCGGAGGUACGGUGGGAUCAAAGACUCAGGCAGUGCAGAAGGGUAAACCUGAGCCGGAGCUCUCUGGUCACAGCGCCAAACAUGGAGAUCUAGCUGGGACAGGUCCAGACUCUGAUCCCGCCGAGGCAGCGUCCUCCACGGCUGGUAAAACUAAAGACAGCAAGUCACAAUCUGAAGACCUCCCGGACCAAGUGCUUGAAAUCAGCUAUCUGUAACAGACGCUGACAUGUUUCCACUGGGUUUUAAUUCACGCUAUCUAAAGUGUUUCUCACAGGUACUUAAAAACAGCUGUAAAUAUGACAAACAAACGUGGAAAACAGAUCACAGGCUCAGCUUUAGAUCCUUUUCUCCAUGGAAAGUUCACACGAUGUAACAGUCCGUAAAUAUCAUUGCAGUUGUUUUUUUGCUUUGGUGUUAGAUAAUAAUUACGAAAUAUAAAAUUAGGCAUGAUGUCAGCCAUGUUAGAUUGCAACCAAUGGGGAAUCUGAAAGGCAGGAAGAGCGAAUUAAAAUAGCUGAAAACACAUUUGGAAAAACACAAAGCCUGGAAACAUGGCUGCAGGUGUUAAUAGAUGAAAUGGUGUAAAUAGUGGAAGACAUCUGGAGACACUGGUAUGGUCCAGAUUGAGAGUUCAUUCUUGUGAUUUAGAUUUUUUGCUCUAAACUGAGAAAAAUCACAAUUCUAUCCCAAGACAGCCAUCAAAUAGUGAUAUAAACCUGUGCAUGUGGGUGCUGGGCUUCAGUCACUUUGUUAACGAAGACUAGAACAAAAUCCAUAUUUAUUCUAUAUUUAUUUGUGUAUUUAUUUUUAUUUUUUAAUUGCCAUCAUGUUGAAGACCUUUUCAAUUUUUUUUUAAACGAGGAACAUCUUGUUCUGAAACAGCUAAUGCACUCUAUGAAUCAUAUCCCAGAGGAGACAACACAACUAAUGAGCCAUUGUGGAAUGAAAAUGUCAGCCAGGUGAGCUUUGUACCUCUACUUUUGAAAAUGGCUUUUCAAAAACACAUUUCAGGUUGUUAUCUCAGGCUUUUGUUGUGGUUUUUUUGUGUGUAAAUACAUCCACACUGAGCUCGCGUGAAGCUGGAUGUCAACACUGGAUCUCUUCAGUGCAAUUGAGUGAUUUAUUUUCUCCCUUGAAAUGUUCACUGACAACAAAUUGCAGUUGUCAAGAUGUGCAAUAACAACCCAUAAUAAAUAUAAUGCAAGAUUACUUCUUUUUAAAGGGGUACAGAGCAGAUUUCAGGAAGAUUUAAAUACUACUAAACACUAAACCGGAUUUAUUGGUCUGUAUCAUAUCUGAAAUAUGCUACUAAGAAAAACGGCACAUCCUGUCAAGAAAACAGAUUGUAUUUAUAUUUAUUUAUGUAUUUAUUAUCUUAAAUUAUGAAGGGGAUGUGUAGAAGAUACUACAACAGAAUUAAGCUAAGAUAACACAUAAGGAAGAUCUUAUGGAUCCCUGAAGCAUCAGACACACAACUUGUGUCACCCUUGAACAUCCAUGUUUAUUGUCAAACAUCUUUGCUUCAUGUUGUUUACAUGUCGAUAUGGUCAUUGUUAACAAACCUAUUGAUUAUGAUGGUGUGUUUUGCUGUGUGUUGUGAAUUUUAUAUUUAAUGUCUCCUUUAGAGCCCACAGAUUUAAAUCAAAUCUCACAUCAGCAGGUUACACAGAAUCGCUUUCCCCCCCCCUCAGUUUGUCGUCUUUGCUCACAAUGUACAGUGUGUUUGCAUUAACAUCUUGUAUUAUGUGCAGUGUUGUUUGGGCUUUGAUAAAGCACUGAAAGCCAAGAGUAAUUCUGUGAAGGUGGGUUG